AUGUACAAGAGUCACAUCUACAGCAUGAAGAGGCAGUUGACCAUCACUCCGCAAAACCGCGAUCUGGAUCCCUGGCAGAUGGAUUAUCAUAAGCAUAAGUCCGAGCUUGAGGAGUGCGCGAAGGAAGCUGAAAAUGUUACCAACAUGCUCCUCCAGUAUGACAUUGACGAGUGCGGUGGUCGGAAGCUGUAUCAUCAGAUGUGGGAGGACUUCUUCCAAACUCUAAGGAGGGAGGAAGAAGAGGAGGAGGAAGGGGAGGAUGAAUCGCCGAAGCUCAGCUUCGAGGAGUAA